GUCCGACAAAUCACCUGAUCCUGCUCCCAAGGAGCUCCAGGUGUUCAUCUCCUAGCUCUCGACGCUUUGCUUCUCUUCUAAAAUACCAGUAACCAAAAGGGCAAAAAAAAUACAAAUACAGCUCUCAACACCAGAUGCGCACGUUAGCAUUGACCGUAGUUAAACGGUUUCGAAAUCCUCGCGUAGGUGUGCUUGUCCUCAGUUAAAAGCUUGGCAAUCCUCAGUUAAAAGCUUGGCAAUGACAUACGAACGAAAAAGGUGACUUCUCACCACUGGCGAAUUUUAGCCUCCUCUCUCAUUUCUUUAAGUGGAUCACUCUCUGCUUGUUGCACAUUUUCGAUUUCUCUCUCUCGCUGAUGAUCCUCUGAAACGGUAGCGUAUCAAAACCUCAGUUGAAACCAAUGCGUUAGUGUUGUGGUAGUAAGUUUCGUUGUUCACUGUGCUGAGAAACAAAAAUGUUGGCUUCUGACUUUUUUAUAUCUUCAAAAGAUAAUUCAAUUGGAAACAAUAUGCGUGGGCGUCACGGGGACGCAUCUUGGAUGUAUAAGCGUGCAUCCUCGAAGGACCAUAUUGAUGACAAUGAGAAAGACGAAAGCUCAAUACGGAUGCCCAAUGGUUUGGGCGGUAUAGGAAACCCUUCUUGGAGCCGGUGUUUGCCACAUAUACUUGUGGCAAUUAUUUCUUCAUUAUUAUUUGGCUACCACCUCGGAGUAGUUAAUGAGACGUUAGAAAGCAUCUCUAUAGACCUUGGCUUUAGUGGGAAUACCAUGGCUGAAGGUCUGGUGGUUAGCACAUGUUUAGGGGGUGCGCUUGUAGGAUCUAUGUUCAGUGGUUGGAUUGCAGACGGGGUUGGACGCCGCAGGGCUUUCCAGCUAUGUGCUUUACCCAUGAUAAUUGGGGCUUCAAUGAGUGCUAUAGCGAAGAAUCUCUGGGUUAUGCUUCUGGGAAGGUUGUUUGUUGGAACUGGAAUGGGUAUUGGUCCCCCUGUUGCAGCUCUCUAUGUGGCAGAGGUUUCUCCAUCUUAUGUAAGGGGUGCUUUUGGGAGCUCCACACAGAUAGCAGCAUGUCUUGGAAUUCUGGGGGCACUAUUUAUUGGACUCCCUGCCAAGGAAGUCGUUGGUUGGUGGCGCAUUUGUUUUUGGGUAUCUACUAUUCCUGCUGCUUUACUUGCUCUUUCUAUGGAGUUUUGUGCAGAAAGUCCUCAUUGGCUUUUCAAGAAGGGAAGAGGGGCUGAAGCUGAGGCUGAAUUUGAGAAGCUUUUAGGAGGAUUACAUGUAAAGCACUCUAUGGCUGAACUUUCAAAGUCAGAUAGAGGGGAUGAGGCAGAAGUGGUGAAGUUGUCAGAGUUGAUCUUUGGCCGCCAUUUUCAAGUGGUUUUCAUUGGGUCUGCCCUUUUUGCUUUACAACAGCUAUCCGGCAUAAAUGCUGUAUUCUACUUCUCGUCAACUGUCUUUAAAAACGCUGGUGUACCUUCAGACUUCGCAAACAUUUGUGUGGGAAUUGCAAAUUUAUCAGGGUCAAUUAUUGCGACGAUUUUGAUGGAUAAGCUUGGAAGAAGGGUUCUUCUACUAGGAAGUUUUUUGGGCAUGGCCGUAGCUAUGGGUCUUCAAGUAAUUGCGGCAACUUCUCUUGUUUCAAGCUCUGGAGCAUUGUAUCUAUCUCUUGGAGGCAUGCUAAUGUUUGUCUUGACAUUUUCCCUGGGUGCUGGUCCUGUUCCUACUCUUCUCCUAUCAGAAAUAUUUCCCAGUCGAAUCAGAGCAAAGGCGAUGGCAGUUUGCAUGGCUGUGCAUUGGGUGAUAAAUUUUUUUGUCGGCCUGUUCUUUUUGCGCUUACUGAAGCAACUGGGGCCGCUAAUCCUCUAUACAAUAUUUGGUUUCUUUUGCUUAGUAGCUGUUAUUUUUGUCAAGAAGAACGUGAUGGAAACAAAAGGAAAAUCACUCCAAGAAAUUGAGAUUGCACUUCUACCUCCGGAAUAGAGAAAGGUAUGCCAUUUUCUUGUUGUUCGCUGAACCACAUCAUCUCCACUAAUUAUAGGGUCAACAUUUGUUUUUCAAGAAACCGUAACUUUGUAUCAAGCAAAAAGACGAGUAUAUUUCUAGGAUGACAAACUUUAUAAAGACAAGGGAAGUAUUUACACAGAUUAAUCUAUUAUCUAUUUGUCCUCUCGA